GUGAGAUGGUUUAUUCAGAAUGAUCGCCGUCAAACAAAGGCGAAGAAAAAAAGCAGAGUCAUCAUAAUCAUUUCUGAGAUUAAAUGAACCAGUAUGGAAGCUGCUGAAGUCAUUGAUGUGUCUCCUUCUCUAAGAUUACAUAAAUACAAAUCAAAUGCUGAAACACCACUGGUUCUUCUGAUGCCAUGGAUGACAUGCACCGAGAAAGCAAUUAAACGCUACAGGCAACUCUAUGCCAGAAGAGGCUACAAUGUCUUGACCCUCUUCCCAAAGUCCUCCUACUACUACUGGCCGAGCAGUGCCAAAGUCAUCGCCAGGGAAAUCAUUCAUAUUCUCCUGACUCAUACAGACGUGGCAGCAUCACCCAUCAUCGUGCAUGCUUUCUCUAUAGGUUCAGUUGUGUACUCCAUCCUACUAUCUCAGAUGCUUGCAGAGAACAGUAAGGAAAUCGGCGAGCUUCGAGACCGCAUCGUUGGGCACGUCUUCGAUAGCAUGAUCAUUGAGGGACCAUGGGACAGGGUGAAGGGCGUGGCACACAUCCUCUCAAGUCGUUGGUUGAUGCAGCAGUUAAUAUUCUCCGUAGCUCAUGUGUACUAUCUACUGACGUACAAGUAUACUCAGAGAGUAAUGAACGAGGCCAAAGCAGCGAUGUAUAAGAAUCCAUUUCAAACUCCUCUCUUGGUGUUCUACUCGGCUGUUGAUCCAAUGUGUAAAACUAAAACCAUGGAAGACUUCGUCAGGUGCUGGGCCGACCGCACUGGACAACUUGCGCAUCUUAAGGCUUGGGAUGAUGCACCUCACGCUGGAGGGCUUCAGAAAUACCCAGAAGAAUACACCAAGACUUUGUUUAAAUACAUGGACAGUUUGGAGCUGAAGGGUGCUCAAAACCAUCCAUCCAAGCUUUAAUGUGUCGCUAUCAGACGGAAUUUCUGUACGCA